AUGGAUCUCGCGUCGAAUCUCGGUGGCAAGAUCGACAAAUCCGAUGUUCUCACCUCCGUCGAAAAGUAUGAGCAGUAUCAUGUGUUCGGUGGUGGAGACGAGGAAGACAGAAAAGCUAAUUACACAGAUAUGGUUAAUAAGUACUAUGACCUUGCUACUAGCUUUUAUGAGUAUGGAUGGGGUGAAUCCUUCCAUUUUGCACACAGAUGGAACGGAGAAUCGCUUAAAGAGAGUAUUAAACGACAUGAGCACUUUCUUGCUCUCCAGCUUGGCGUAAAACCAGGACAAAAGGUACUGGAUGUAGGUUGUGGAAUUGGUGGACCGCUGAGAGAAAUUGCACGAUUCAGCAAUUGUUCGGUCACCGGGCUCAACAAUAACGAAUACCAGAUCACCAGAGGCAAGGAACUAAACCGACUUGCAGGUGUCGACAAGACAUGUAACUUUGUCAAGGCUGACUUCAUGAAGAUGCCAUUCCCUGAAAACAGUUUCGAUGCAGUUUAUGCAAUAGAAGCAACCUGCCACGCACCUGAUGCAUAUGGAUGCUACAAAGAGAUCUACAGAGUGCUAAAGCCUGGGCAAUGUUUCGCUGCUUAUGAGUGGUGCAUGACCGAUGCAUUUGACCCUGAUAACGCCGAACAUCAGAAAAUCAAGGCAGAGAUAGAGAUUGGAGAUGGUUUGCCUGACAUUAGGCUGACUACAAAAUGUCUGGAAGCUCUGAAGCAGGCCGGUUUUGAAAUAAUAUGGGAAAAGGAUCUGGCCAAGGAAUCUCCGGUUCCAUGGUACUUACCUCUGGACAAAAAUCAAUUUUCCCUUAGUAGCUUCCGUCUAACAGCUGUUGGAAGAUUCAUAACAAGAAACAUGGUCAAGGUCCUUGAAUACAUAAGACUCGCACCUAAAGGAAGCCAAAGGGUAUCAAAUUUUCUGGAGCAGGCCGCGGAAGGAUUAGUUGACGGUGGAAGGAGAGAGAUUUUCACGCCAAUGUAUUUCUUCUUGGCCCGGAAGCCAAAAUGA